GCGGGAGGGGCGGCGGCGUGGGGGGAGCAGAUGCCGCUGGCUUCGAGCGGGAGCCGGGUGCUGGCAGAGCGCAGCCGCGAGGGAGGCGCGGGGGAGGCGAGCCGGAGCCCGAGCCCGAGCCCGAGCGGGAGCAGCAGCCAGUGUUGGCGGAGAGCACCCGGGCGCAGCUGGAGUCGGAGCCGCAGCCGCGAUGGCCGUGGCCGUGGGGAGACCGUCUAAUGAAGAGCUUCGAAACUUGUCCCUUUCUGGCCAUGUUGGAUUUGACAGUCUCCCUGACCAGCUGGUCAACAAGUCUACUUCUCAAGGAUUCUGUUUCAACAUCCUCUGUGUUGGUGAGACCGGCAUCGGCAAAUCCACGUUAAUGGACACUUUAUUCAACACCAAAUUUGAAAGUGACCCAGCUACUCACAAUGAACCAGGUGUCCGGUUAAAAGCCAGAAGUUAUGAGCUUCAGGAAAGCAAUGUACGGCUGAAGUUAACCAUCGUUGACACUGUGGGAUUUGGAGACCAGAUAAACAAAGAUGACAGCUAUAAGCCAAUAGUGGAAUAUAUUGAUGCUCAAUUUGAAGCCUACUUACAAGAGGAAUUGAAGAUCAAACGUUCUCUCUUCAACUACCACGACACCAGGAUCCACGCAUGCCUCUACUUCAUUGCCCCUACUGGCCAUUCACUGAAGUCUCUGGACCUAGUCACCAUGAAAAAGCUGGACAGCAAGGUGAACAUCAUUCCAAUAAUUGCAAAAGCUGACACGAUUGCCAAAAAUGAAUUGCACAAAUUCAAGAGUAAGAUCAUGAGUGAACUAGUCAGCAAUGGAGUCCAGAUAUAUCAGUUCCCCACAGAUGAAGAAACGGUGGCAGAGAUUAAUGCAACAAUGAGUGUCCAUCUCCCGUUUGCUGUGGUCGGCAGCACUGAAGAGGUGAAGAUCGGCAACAAGAUGGCGAAGGCCAGGCAGUACCCCUGGGGUGUGGUGCAGGUUGAGAAUGAAAACCACUGUGAUUUUGUGAAACUUCGGGAGAUGCUGAUCCGCGUGAACAUGGAAGAUUUGCGAGAACAGACUCACACCCGCCAUUAUGAACUGUAUCGGCGCUGUAAGCUUGAGGAGAUGGGGUUCAAGGACACUGACCCUGACAGCAAGCCCUUCAGUCUUCAGGAGACGUACGAAGCAAAAAGAAAUGAAUUUCUGGGAGAACUUCAGAAGAAAGAAGAAGAAAUGAGGCAAAUGUUUGUUAUGAGAGUGAAGGAGAAAGAAGCUGAACUCAAAGAGGCAGAGAAAGAGCUCCAUGAGAAGUUUGACCUCCUAAAGCGGACACACCAAGAAGAGAAGAAGAAAGUGGAAGACAAGAAGAAGGAGCUGGAGGAGGAGGUGAACAACUUCCAGAAGAAGAAGGCAGCGGCUCAGCUCCUGCAGUCCCAGGCACAGCAGUCUGGGGCCCAGCAAACCAAGAAAGACAAGGAUAAGAAAAACUGACCAUCUGCCUCUUGAGAGAGAGAAGUGGGCAUCCUUCCUUUAAAUUCAGGAACCAUUGUUGUUUUAUUUAACUCUUUUUCUGUUAUCUGCAUCCCUUAUAAGAGUUGUUUUGGGUUUGGGAUUCUGUUUUGGAAAAAAAAAAAAAAUCCAGUUAGCCAGUUCUGUUUUAUGUAUUGGUUAUUCAAACUUAGUUUGGUAUCAAAAUUAUGCCAGUUUUAAGUUCAAGGGGAAAUUUAAGUGAAGUUUAAGUCACAGAAUUCUGGUUAAGAAUCUGUCAUCUCAGAUACAACCAAAAGAUCCCUCUGCUGUCACUGGGGUUAUGACCUACAAGUCUUAAUCAUGUUUAAAAUGUGCCAGUGUUGGGUAGAGGACUUUUCUGCCUCUGGGACUCACUUUAUACUUUAAGGUACCUUAAAAUAACUUUCUGGCCCAUCCCUGCCUUUCUAUGUACUGUGAACCUCCGCUUUACCUUGUUUCCAAAGUUUUUUGUGUCCCAGACCAUGGGAACAAACCCCAACAAACUAUAAAGCUGUCCCAGACAAUCGCUUCAAUACAAUGGUUCUGAUCACAUUGUCUUCUCAGUUACCCAGGUGGCUUUCUCUACCAUGUCUGUGGAAAAAAGUUUGCUAGAAUUCACUUAAAGUACACCCAACCUGCAAACACACACUUCUGCCAGUUGAGGCUGUAUGCUGACCCAAUUGUGAAGGGCUGGAGAGAUGGAAGGGCUAGAUUACUUUAUUAGCAGUCACCUAUUAGGGGCACUUUUCCUAAUCAAGGGACAACUUCUAAAGUCAUUUCUGUUCUAGAGCACGAACAUGCAUUUAAGUUACCUUAUAAUUUCAUUACUUAUCUAUAUCUAGUCUUUGCUUAUUUCCGUCACUUUUCAGCCCCAUGUUAGGAGGACCAUGAAAAUACUAUUGGUGGCACGGGUUGCCCUUGGGAGUGUUCUCCUCCAUUUAAGAAUGGUAACACGUGCUUCUGUGGUGAAAUGAAACAACAGUCCCUACCUCUUAAAUCAUUUGAAUCAUUUGCUUCUUGGAAAGAGGUUUCUUUAGAGCAAUUGGAUGAGCACACUGGUGAGAGGCUUUCUUAGAAAGAUACUGUAAUUAAAUGCAAUAAAGUCAAAUUCAUCUGAGCCAUUAAAUGAUCAAAAUAUAAAUGUCAAGAGCCAUCCCCUCCAUAUUACAUUAUAAUCUGUAAACAUAUAAAUCUGCUAGUGAUGUCACCAGUGGUUUGGGGGUGGAAGGGUAGGUGGCAACUCCUUAACUGAUACCAGAGCAUGACCUAUCAGUUUUGUAAGUUAAACACAAACACCCUAUUAUGUGGAACCAUGUACGUACUAAGAACAGUAAUGAGAUUUAUUUUUAAUAUUUUGAUAUGAAUUUAACCCUAUCAGUCAUGUUAAAAAUGAAUUCUGCAUCAGCUGGUAAAGACCUUUUUUUGAGCAAUAUUUAAAAAUCCAAGCAGGUAGUUUUUUUUUUUUUUUUUUUUAAAGUAGAGAAAUGUACAGUCUAUUGUUGCUAUUCCCUUUUUUCUCCCAUUUUGGCCAGGUUAGAGGAAACGUGGGGGAACAAGUUAUUACAAUAGGUUAGCUUCUGUUCAGUGACCUAGGGAAAGUUGACCAGAUGCCACCGGUCAAGUGUGCUGUCCUCUCCAUUGAUUUGGAGUUUUACUUCAGGUGGUUCCUUUUCUCAGGUGUUGAAAAAACUGAUAGGUUCUCAAGUUCUCCUGGCUGACCAGUGAAGAGAUGUGAAACCAUCCCAGGACUAAUUAUCAAUAAUAAAAAUCAUUUGCUUAUCCCUAGCUAGAUUGUCGAAAAGAAAAGCAAGAACUGAGCCAACUGAACGGAUUUCCAUUGGUAAUGGGCUUUUUAUUUUUCAUUUGGUCUUUUUAAAAAUAUUACUUGAUUUCAGAUACAGAUUGCCUUCUUGCUUGCUACAAGUGUAGUCUAGAUGGUCUACUUGAGAUUGGCGCAUGUAUAAAGGAGAGAUCUUCCGAAUCAGUAUUUGCUGAGCUGGAGCGGAAAAAAAUUAACUCAUCUUCCCAAUAUGCUAGGCCAAACUCCCCCCCCCCCCCCCCCCAGCCAAUCCACUGUAUCUACCAAAUGAAACUUCCUUCUUAGUUAUUGAUGGGUUUUUGCCUAUUGGCCUAGCUUGUAAGUAAACCGUUCUGGAUGUCUGAAAAACUACAGAACCUUCACUGUAUUUCAAUGCUGUUUCUACACCAAACCUUUUGCUUUGCAGAUGACUGUCCUUUCCACCCUGGAGACAGUGGUAUCAGUGUGGAUCCCUUUGAAGAUCCUUGCACUUGAGUUCUUGAGACCAUGGCAUUUAGUCCUUGUGACUGGUACCAUCUGGCUUUCAGAUCAGUCUCUAGCAAGUAGCUGAAACCCCCUUGCCUAUCGAAGGGAUUUAAUGUGUUGAUUUGAAAAGACUAAUUGUAGUUUUGCAUAGUUGCACUACAAGAAGAAAAGAUGAAUUGUGAGCCUAGAUAUCAACUCACCUCCCUUCCCAAUCUUCCUAACCUGACAAAUAGCUAUACAGAAAUGAGAUCUCUUGGCUGUCAGUGGAAUAGUGUUGAAGCACAAAUGAAGAUCUAACAUCUGCCUCAAAUCAGUUACUUGCUGUGCUGUGAGUUGAAUGGCACUUUGGUCCAUGUAGAAACUUUCAAAAUUACAGCACCUAGAUCAGAGGAGGCAGAGGCUAUUAUAAUGAGGCUGGUCCCUGUCCCACAUUUAAAACAAACAAAAACCCAAAAGUGUGUAUGGGGUAGUGCAGAAUAAUAAUUGUUCAAAGAGUCCAACUUAACCAUGCCUUCUCUGCCCAAUGCUCUUAGAACUGUGAAGGCGCCAUUCUAGCACUCCUGCCCUUUAUUCACAUCCAUCCACCCACCUUCCCCACCCUGUCCCUCUCUCUCUUUACAAACACUUUAUUCUCUAUACUGUACCAGGCCUACAUUAGAUGCUGGGAAUGUAGCCAAACACUAUGAAUUGCACUUGUCUCUGUAUAUCUUAUGAACACAGCAAGUUUUUGGAGCAAAAGGUAAGCCCUUUCAAUGCUAAAUUGCUUAAAGACAUUGUAUUCUGAAAAGCAAAAGCCCUCUCCCCCACCUUGCCCAGAUUGCUUUUCAUUGAUUGCUUAAGGUUGCCCUUCAGUCUGGAGUGUCCUCUUUCCUAACAAAAUAAGCUGUUUCUGAGAAAUGAGAAACCAGUUCACCGGGCCUAUACUUUUCUACUACUCUGCUGUUGUGUAACACAUUAAGAUCAACAAUUCUGGCAUUUGAUAGGCUAUGAAGAUUGUACUUUAUAGUCAAGACAAAGGGAGAGGUUUUUCCCAGUUCACCCUUAACUCAGAAGCUCCUGGAAACUAAAAAUGAAUUGUGAGCGCUGCCCAAAUUUCUCUGGUAAGAUAUUCUUGGUUACCUCUUAUUACACUUUCCAAUAAUAAAGGGCUUGCAAGACAGAGGUCUCUAUCCUACACCUGGGUCUUAGGCAUAUUGGUACAUCAUAGAAACCAUAAACUCAUGGUGAGUGAAAGCUUUAAUUCCUUGAUGCAAUCUAUGCUAUAUAAGCAUGUACUUCAUCUUUUCUGUCUUAAUGAAUUUGGUCAAAUCAACUCAAAGCUUGCUGGACUCAAAUCCAGCAAGGUUUGGGGGUUGGCUAUUUUCAAGUAUUCUCAAUCGCAUUUCUAGGUUAUUUUGCAGGACUAGACAACUCACAAAAAUUAUGAUUAGUUUUGUAAAACUGGUUUUGUUUCUGUCGUCACAAUCUGCUCCAUACCAUGGCAGAUCUUGGGCAUUUCCCCUCAGUCCCAGAUACAUACACAGGUCUCCUGUGCUUAAAUGUGAAUUUAUAACUGCAAAUGAUGUUAAUGUUUAACAAGAGACAAGUGUUCAACUCCUCACUCUCCUACAGUCAGCCCAAGUGACUCAAUUUCUCCCAGAUACUUAAAAAGAUGUUUUAUUUUCCUGGAGGCACCACCUAGUGGCCAAAGCUCAAAACAUUUAAUAACAGGAAGAGGAGACAUUCUAUUAACAAUUUAAAGGCUAAUUUCAAGAAUUUUGGAGGUUUCAGAAGUAAUUACAUUAGACAACACUUUGUGUUAUCAAAUAUAAAGGGCAAAGGUUUGAGUUAGAAAUUGAACCUUAUUAAAAAUUCUUAGCUAUGUGGCAUAAUUCUCUAACCCUCAACUUGCUAAUGCAGACCAGGGGUAGGAGUUUUCAGGAUGGUUGUGAGACCAUCUGGCAUAGUAUCUUCCCUUUCCACCUGAAAAUGUACAAACUACCUUUAGGACAAAGACAAGCUCCUUACCAUGUUGGCCUAGCAUCAGCAGUCACAUUAAGUGAAAGGCCAGUGUUGCUCUGGGCAGUAAUGUUCAAGCACGACUUACUUUCUUAUUUCAGGAACUCCAGAAUGAGUAAAUUAGGAAGCUUGAAAAUCCAGGUAUGUAAGAGUACAGUGGACACACAUAUGUUGUUUCUAACAGAAGAAAAUAAAUACUAUCUGGGGGACAGACACCAAUGUCUUAAUUCCAACAGUGGAGAUGUUAAGCUCCGUCUAAUCAGCUCAACUGAGUGAAGAGCUAUGCUCUAGCUUCCUUCAAACCAAAGGCAGUGUCAGCAACACUUGAGGCAAAUUGGUUUUACCUUUUUACUGGCAUUUGGGAACACUCCCCAUUCCCAGCCUUCCCCCUCCCCCACACUAAUACAUCAUCUGUGGAAAAAACAUUCAAUUCUCCACAGAUAACUUUAUACUCUCAAAUUGAACAAAAAAUAGCUUCUUCGCUAUAGUCUGAAUUUCAAGAGGUAGAGCAUUCACUUUAACUUUUUCUGUUAAAUGAAAGAUUGGAUAAUUUAUACCUAUUUAUUCCCUUGCCUUUGUGGAGGUUUCAUGGAAUGAUAGGCUUUCUAACCACGUGGAGAUACCAAUUACCCAUAAAACUCAAGUUUUCAAAUACUGAAAGAAUAAUUUGUGAUGGGAUGCCAAGAUUUAAGACAAGUAACUCGGGACAGAGUAAUGAGCAGGAACAUCUUCAAUGAAAAACUCCAUGCUGUUCAAGAAUAUUGUGCUUUUUCUGUCUCGAUCCAUGAGGUCAGGCUCCUCAGAGCCAAGAACCCAUGGUAGCUCAGGUCUCUGGAACAGUGAACUGAAAAGUGAACUAAGUACCUUCAUUUAAUUGAACUAUGGGCUAAAUAGCUUUGAAGCAUGAAAGCUGGCAGCCCAACCAUCCCAACUCAGUUUCCCAGAAGAACUACCAUGUUCUGGGGCACCUGGGUGGCUCAGUCAGUUAAGUGUUUGACUUUGGCUCAGUUUAUGAUCUCUCGAUUCAUGAGUUCGAGCCCCACGUUGGGCUCUGUGCUGACGGCUCAGAGCCUGUAGCCUGCUUUGAAUUCUGUGUCUCUCUCUCUGCUGUCCUGCUUGUGUGCACUCUCUCUCCAAAAUAUUUUUAAAAACACUUUUUUUUAGAAACAAUACUAUGUUCCAAAAUGACUUACCAGUUUUUGGUAAGAUUAGAAAACCUCAAAGUCAACUAAUUAAAAUCUUAUUGCCCUCUUAUAUUCAAUCUGUAGUGGCUGGACUAGAAAUAUUCUAAUGUUAGACUCAGUUUCAUCCCUAGCUUGAACAUCUGUUAAAUGGAGGUAGGGGGGGAUUAAGUGCCAUUUAUUUAACAGAAAUGGUGAACAUGUGUAGUUGUAAAUUUCUUAGAGCUUCCCAAUGCAGGAGAAUUAAGUAACAGACCAGAUGAAAAUUAGGGUGUGAUUUUUAAAAAUGUGUAUCUACAAAGCCAAUCUCUUGCUAUCUUCACCCAUAAACAGUUCAUGUUUUUAAAACUUCCCUCCCACUGCCUGUACUUACACGGAAGUAAAAGUUUCCCAUUUGAAUGGAUUGCAAGGUUGUGCAGGCAGUCAAACCUUAGUAAUUUCAAAGAAGUGGUGACCUAAGAAUACUCUUGCUCUGCUAAACAGAACGAAACCAGUGGGCUAAAAAUGAUGUCAUCCAGACAUGGGUGCUCUCACAAACCAUUCCAUCAAAUGAAAAUUUACUAUUUGGAAGGUAAGAAAAAGAGAUAAUAGAAAAAUUCUUUACGUCAAAACCUACAUUCCUCAGUCACAUUUAAAUCCUGUUUUAUUUUCUGUGAGCAUAUAUUUGGGACUUUUAUCCCAAUACCAGUGUCUAAGCAAUCAGGAACUUGUACCUCUUCACAAGCAGAAAAAAAGUUAAAGAUACAAAGGUUAAGGACAACUUUUAUUGCUACCAGAGGCUUUUUAUCAUCAGCACAUGGUUCUGACUGCAAUACCUUCUUCAGACUGAACAGGGAGCUGAGGAUCCAGAAGUCAUUAAGAGAAAUACAGGGAGGGUGAAUAACUUCCAUCAAGAAAAUCCUAAUAGCUUAACAUAAAUCUAGGGCACUGAAUUCAGUUAUUACAUGUUAUAGACCCAAAUCAUAGAGCUGCCCUGACAUCUAGACAGUCUCUCCUACUGAUUACAAAUGAAAACUGAUCAGUUACCAAAAAAAAAAAACACAACAAAAAAAACACUUUA